AACAACUCCAAUAGCAAAAAAAACAUCAUCAACCCUUCAAACUUCAAAAAUCAAACUCUCUCUCUCUCUCUUUCUCUCUCUGUUCGGUGUUUGCUAAGAAAAAGAGUAUCAAAAACUUUCUCUCUCUAUCUUCAUUUUUCAUCUUUUUUUCUUCAACCAUGAAGAAGCUCUACCAUAAAGCGACGGUUCAUCCAUCACCACCAGUCAUCACCGACCAACUUUCCUUCCUUCCGGUAACCAUCCUCACCUUAGCAGCAGCUCUUUCACCUGAAGACAGAGAAGUCUUAGCUUAUCUCAUCUACUGUUCAUCAGCUGCAACACCACCAAAUUCCGGUAAUCCACGACGGACCACUGUCAAAACCACCGAUCAUGAUACCCUUUUCAACUGUAGCUGUUUUCAUUGUUAUACGAGUUACUGGGUCAGAUGGGACGAGUCACCGAAUCGUCAACUCAUACAUGAGAUUAUUGAUGCUUUUGAAGAGUGGUUGGCGAAGAGUAAUAAUAAAGGUGGAAAGAAAGGGAAAGGAAAGAAAGAGAAGAGAAAUAAAAAAGGGUUUGAAAAUAAAACAAAGCUUUCGGUUUCAGGUGAGUUGAAUCGGUCUGAGUUGAACGAGUCAGGUGAGUUGGAAUCGGUGGGUGAAAGUAGUAGUAGUAGUAAAAAUAAUAGUAACAGUAGCGACGGUACUGAAAGUGUUGUUGAUGCAGAUGAAGAAAAAGGGUCAGUGAGAAAAUUUGUAAGUUUCAUUGGUGAAAGAAUUUGGGGUGUUUGGGGAUGAAUUUGUAAGAAAAAAAUAAUGAAGAAAAUUUCAUAUAAUGAAGAUGAAAUUAAGGUAGGUUUAGUCUACCCCCUUUUUUUUUUGGUUAAUUAAAUAUUUUUGUACAUUAAUCAUCACCUUGUAAUGCUUAAAAAGAAAUGUUUAUUUGGUUUUGUGAUGCA